AAUGUUGUAAGCAAGCGAUCGUCAGGAAUUGAAGAGAUUGGUUCCGUGAACUGGAGUGUUUUUGUUGCGCUACUUGUGCUAGACUUGGUUGUGUUUGCGGUACUGAUUAAAGGUUACCAAUAUAUGGGGAAAAUUGCAUAUGUGAGUUAUGGAAUCAUUCUAAAGACGUGGAUAGCUGCUCUUGUGCAAACAUGCUACGCAAUGGAAGUCGGCUAUGGUGGAAUUUUGACAAUGGCGUCAUACAACCGCAGGAGCAACAACUGCUAU